CACAGCAUGACCGACUGGGAGACGGCUCCGGCGGUGACCGAAACCCCCGACAUCAAAUUGUUCGGGAAAUGGAGCACGGACGACGUGCAGAUCAACGACAUCUCCCUGCAGGAUUACAUCGCAGUGAAGGAGAAAUACGCCAAAUACCUGCCCCACUCGGCGGGGCGUUACGCGGCGAAGCGGUUCCGGAAGGCACAGUGCCCGAUCGUGGAACGUCUCACCAAUUCCAUGAUGAUGCACGGGAGAAAUAAUGGGAAAAAGCUGAUGACGGUCAGGAUUGUCAAACAUGCUUUUGAAAUCAUCCAUCUGCUGACUGGAGAGAAUCCCCUGCAGGUGCUGGUGAAUGCCAUCAUCAAUUCGGGUCCCCGGGAGGAUUCCACUCGGAUUGGCCGCGCCGGCACCGUUCGGCGUCAGGCSGUCGAUGUGUCCCCCCUGCGCAGGGUCAAUCAGGUACAAAUCUCUAAAAUUCCCAAAAAAUUCCCAAAAUUCCUGGUUUUCCCC